AUAUUAUUAUCAUUAAAGUUUAAAAUACUUUUUUUGCAGGUAUCCUAUUAUCAAGAACAGUGGUCUAAUAUGCAAGCAGCGCCCAAUGCUGUGGAGAUAUGGGAUACUGGAGUCGAUUCAAGUCUUUUAAAGCUGGUUGGACAGGCUUCCGUGGCGGUUCCUAAAGAUUUUAAUGUUCACCCUCAUCUCGCCAAGACACAUGUACGGAACCGUUUGACGCGACUGGCUGAGGGCCGGGAUAUUGAUUGGGCGACAGCUGAGGCUCUGGCUUUUGGUUCGUUAUUAAUGGAGGGUCGUCACGUCCGCCUGAGCGGUGAGGAUGUCGGUAGAGGCACCUUCUCCCAUCGCCACGUGAUGCUGGUCGACCAGGAGACAGAAGCUAUCAGGAUACCACUCAACCACAUACAUGAGAAACAGAAGGCUUUUCUUGAAGUAGCAAAUUCGAUUUUAUCUGAAGAGGCAGUAUUGGGCUUUGAAUACGGAAUGGCCUACGACAGUCCAGAUAAUCUGUGCCUCUGGGAAGCACAGUUCGGUGACUUCUACAACGGUGCACAGAUUAUAGUGGACGCUUUUGUUGCAUCGGGAGAAUCUAAAUGGGUUCGCAGCAACGGCCUCGUAAUGUUGCUUCCCCACGGAUACGACGGAGCCGCCUCCGAGCACUCCUCGUGUAGACUCGAGAGGUUCCUACAACUGACAGACAGUCGCGAAGCCGCUCCUGACUCUGAUAACGUUUGCCUUCACGUUGCUAACCCGACAACGCCGGCGCAGUACUUCCAUUUGUUGAGGAGACAGGUGGCUCGUAAUUACAGGAAGCCAUUAAUAGUGGUAGCUCCAAAAGUAUUGCUGCGAUUAGCUGAUGCUGUGUCGCCGCUUUCUGACCUCGCACCACGAACUCACUUCAAGAACGUGAUAGGUGACUCCUUGCCCGAUCCGCUGAAAGUAAAACGUGUGAUCCUAGUAAGUGGGAAACAUUACUACGAACUGCACAAGGAGAGAGUGAAGGCUAACAUCGAUGAUGUUGCCAUCGUGAGGGUCGAGAGUCUCGCUCCCUUCCCCCUACCGGACCUACAGACUGAGCUGGCCAAGUUCCGGAAUGCAAGGAUGUUCAUAUGGAGUCAGGAGGAACACCGAAAUAUGGGAGCUUGGAGUUUUGUUCAGCCGCGGUUUGAGAACCUCCUUGGUAGAAAACUGAUAUACGCCGGCCGAUCAGAAGCUCCGACACCAGCAGUGGGUGCAUCAGUCCUACAUAAAGUAGAAGUUGAACAUGUGUUGAAGGAACCACUUUACAAUAUUAAAUAAUGUUUCCAUUUAAUGAGAAUUACAGAAGUUUCUCUUAACUUGGAGAACUCUACAUAAGAGCAUGUAUUUGGAAGCGCCUGACUAUGUGGAGCUGUUGAACGUAAACCUUUUUAAAGGCUGCGUUGGGAUGUGUAGAGAAGGAUAUUUAUAAAAAC